AUGGGAGCACUGCUCACUGCAGCUUCUCUCUUUGGAACAUGCAUGACUGCUGUUGUGGCGUUCAUUUUCUUCAGAUACAGACAGACUCCUGUUGUCAGAGCCAACAACUCUGAGCUGAGCUUCCUGCUGCUCUUCUCCUUGACUCUGUGUUUCCUGUGUUCUCUGACCUUCAUCGGCCGGCCCUCUGAGUGGUCCUGCAUGCUGCGACACACAGCGUUCGGCAUCACCUUUGUCCUCUGUAUCUCUUGUGUUCUGGGGAAAACAAUAGUGGUGUUAAUGGCCUUCAGGGCCACACUCCCAGGUAGUGAUGUGAUGAAAUGGUUUGGGCCUGCACAGCAGAAACUCAGUGUUCUGGGUUUCACUCUUAUACAAGUUAUCAUAUGUAUCCUCUGGUUAACAAUUUCUCCUCCUUUUCCAUUUGAGAAUUUUAAAAUAUUCAAGGAUAAAAUCAUCUUAGAGUGUGCUCUGGGCUCAGCUGUAGGCUUUUGGGCUGUACUUGGGUACAUAGGACUUCUGGCUAUGUUAUGUUUCAUUCUUGCUUUUCUGGCUCGGAAACUGCCUGAUAAUUUCAAUGAAGCCAAAUUUAUCACCUUUAGCAUGCUGAUAUUCUGUGCAGUAUGGAUCACAUUUAUCCCAGCGUAUGUCAGCUCUCCUGGGAAGUUCAGUGUAGCUGUGGAGAUAUUUGCCAUUCUGGCUUCAAGUUUUGGACUGCUCAUUUGUAUUUUUAUUCCAAAAUGUUACAUUAUUUUACUGAAACCAGAAAAUAAUACAAAAAAGAAAAUGAUGGGGAAGGGAGCACCAAAAUCAUCCUGA